UCUUCUUCUUCCCCCACUCACUGACUUUGUUCAGUUUGGACCCAUAUUUUGGGCCUUGGAAGGGUUUAUCGAACUGUUUUGCUUCUCAAUCGCCCUGCAUUUUCCCGCUCUCCAGCUUCCAAGCCCCUUCUUCUUCCCAUUUCUAUUUUUUGCGGCAGCUUCUGAGUUCUACUUACAGUUCGUCCCGCAUGAUGUCCUCCAAGCAGAACCUCCACAUUAUUGAGUCGGCGCUUUUUGGUCCUUCUCCUCCCUCGCCUGCGCAGAGGGUCGAGCUCUUACAUGCCAUUCACAACUCUAUACCUGCUUUCCGGUCGCUGCUUCAGUUUCCUCCUCCGAAAGCUUCGGACCGUGCACAAGUUCAAUCUAAAGAAGUCAGGCGACCGGAUUCUUCAACAAUAACUCUCGAUGAUCAGGAUGUUGAAAUUACUUUAAAAUUGAGCAAUGACCUUCAUCUGAAUGAAAUAGACUGUGUAAACCUACUUGUUGCUGCACAUCAAGAGUGGGAUUUAACGGAACGAGAUCCUUUAGAGAUUUUCCGUCUUGCAGCAGGGCUUUGGUAUACAGAGAGAAGAGAUCUAAUAAUGUCACUCCAUACUCUAUUGAGGGCGGUUGUCUUGGAUCCGGGAUAUGAAGUUGGCCUUAUCUCUGACAUCCAAAGACACCUAGAAGAUCUUGUUAAUAAUGGGCUAAGACAACGGUUGAUUGCUUUGAUAAAGGAACUUAAUCGAGAAGAACCAGCUGGUUUGGGUGGACCUAGCUGUGAGCGCUACCUUCUUGAUUCCAAAGGUGCUCUUGUUGAGCGUCGGGGUGUGGUCAGUCGGGAAAGACUAAUAAUCGGACAUUGUCUUGUCCUUUCUAUUCUUGUUGUACGAAUAGGUCCAAAGGAUGCAAGGGAUCUCUUUUCUGUUUUAAAAGACUGCGCUGCUGAGCUUAAUGAGACGAAAGCUCCCAUAAAGCUUCAGAUUGUAUUUAGUCUCCUUUUCUCUAUCAUUAUUGCCUUCGUGUCAGAUGCUUUGAGUGCAGUUCCAAAUAAAGCAUCCAUAUUGUCCAGUGAUGCUUCUUUUAGAAAUGAAUUUCAGGAUAACGUGAUGGCUUCGGGAAAUGAUCCAACAGUGGAAGGGUUUGUUGAUGCUGUAAGGUUUGCUUGGACUGUUCAUUUGCUGCUAAUACAUGACAUGGUUGAUGCAAGAGAGGCCAUUCCCAAUGCUUCGCCAAAAGAUUUGGAUUACCUACAAUCGUGCUUGGAAGUUAUUUUUUCCCAUAAUGCCUUCCAGUUUUUACUUCAAGAAGUUAUUCAGACUGCAGCUUACCAGAAUGACGACGAGGACAUGAUCUAUAUGUACAAUGCUUAUCUGCACAAGCUGGUUACUUGUUUUCUGUCUCAUCCUUUGGCCAGGGACAAGGUGAAAGAGUCAAAAGACAGAGCCAUGCACACGCUUAGUCAGUUUCGUGCUUCGGGGUCACAAGAUUUCAUGCAAGAUGGUGAUUCAAGUUUCCAUCAAGCUAGCGGAACUGUUCCUUCACCUUUUGUCUCCCUUUUGGAGUUUGUUAGUGAAAUUUACCGGCAAGAGCCAGAACUGUUGUCAAGCAAUGAUGUCUUGUGGACAUUUGCCAAUUUUGCUGGGGAGGAUCAUACAAACUUUCAAACAUUGGUGGCAUUCUUGAAUAUGCUGAGUACCUUAGCUUGUAACGAAGAAGGUGCUUCAAGGGUUUUUGAGUUACUUCAGGGAAAAGCAUUCCGGUCUGUUGGAUGGACCACCUUAUUUGAUUGCCUAUCAAUUUAUGAUGACAAAUUUAGACAGUCCCUCCAAACUGUUGGGGCCCUGUUACCAGAGUUUCAGGAAGGGGAUGCAAAAGCACUUGUUGCAUAUUUGAAUGUUCUUCAAAAGGUUGUGGAGAAUGGAAAUCCUGUUGAAAGAAAAAACUGGUUUCCUGAUAUUGAACCUUUGUUCAAACUUCUUAGCUAUGAGAAUGUUCCUCCUUAUCUAAAGGGUGCUUUGAGGAAUGCAAUAGCAUCCUUCAUUGAAGUUUCCUCUGAGUCGAAGGAUAUAAUUUGGCUCUAUCUUGAGCAGUAUGAUUUACCUGUUCUUGUGGCAUCACAUGUUCAGAAUGGUACAAAGCCUAUUACUUCUCAGGUUUAUGAUAUGCAAUUUGAGUUAAAUGAAAUUGAAGCCAGACAAGAGAGAUAUCCAUCAACAAUAUCUUUCCUUAACCUGUUAAAUGCUCUCAUUGGUAAAGAAAGGGAUCUAAGUGAUAGAGGGCGCAGAUUUGUUGGAAUAUUUAGGUUCAUUUAUGAUCAUGUUUUUGGGCCAUUCCCUCAACGAGCCUAUGCGAAUGCUGCCGAGAAAUGGCAGUUAGUUGUUGCUUGUCUUCAACAUUUUAUCAUGAUUUUAAAAAUGUAUGAUAUUAAAGAAGAAGACAUUGACAUUGUUAUUGACCGAUCACAGUCACCAAUGGAAUCACAAUCAUCUUCACUUCAAACUCAAUUACCAGUCCUUGAGUUGCUAAAAGAUUUCAUGAGUGGGAAAUCUGUUUUUAGAAACAUCAUGGGUAUUCUUCUGCCUGGUGUUGGUUCUCUCAUAAAUGAAAGGACGAGUCAGAUUUAUGGACAACUCUUGGAGAAGUCUGUGGAACUAUCUCUUGAAAUAAUGAUUCUUGUAUUAGAGAAGGAUUUACUUCUGGCUGAUUAUUGGCGCCCUUUAUAUCAGCCUUUGGAUGUCGUCCUCUCUCAAGAUCACAGUCAAAUUGUUGCACUGUUAGAAUAUGUCAGAUAUGAAUUUCAUCCUAAGAUUCAGCAGUUGUCUAUCAAAAUAAUGAGUAUUUUAAGUUCUCGUAUGGUUGGGCUUGUACAGUUACUACUAAAAUCUAAUACUGCGAGCUCUUUAGUUGAGGAUUAUGCAUCCUGCCUUGAGUUAAGAUCUGAAGAGUGUCAUACAAUAGAAAACAGUGGAGAUGAUCCUGGUGUUCUUAUAAUGCAGCUUCUCAUUGACAACAUUAGCCGACCAGCUCCAAAUGUUACACAGUUGCUACUUAAAUUUAACCUUGAGACAUCCAUUGAGCGGACAAUUUUGCAGCCAAAAUAUCAUUAUAGUUGCUUGAAGGUUAUUCUCGAGAUUUUGGAAAAGCUUUCAAAUCCCGAAGUCAAUUCCCUGCUUUAUGAGUUUGGUUUUCAGCUUCUUUAUGAGCUAUGCUUAGAUCCUCUAACAUCUGGGCCAGUUAUAGAUCUCUUGAGCAACAAGAAGUACUAUUUCUUUGUUAAGCACUUGGAUACAAUUGGUGUUGUUCCCCUUCCCAAGAGAAAUAAUCACACUCUCCGUGUCAGUUCCCUUCAUCAGAGAGCAUGGUUGCUUAAACUUCUAGCAAUUGAGUUGCAUGCUGCUGACUUGAGUAGCCCGAUCCAUCGAGAGGCAUGUCAGAGUAUUCUUGCGCACCUGUAUGGGAUGGAAAUAGUUGAUACUGGAUCAGGUCCAAUCUUCUCACUUCAAAAUCAUGUGGUGGAUCCUGGAGUUAGAACUACGAGUAAGAGCAAGGCACUGGAGCUACUUGAGGUUGUUCAGUUCAGAACUCCUGAUACCUCAAUCAAGCUUCCCCAAGUUGUUUCAAAUAUGAAGUACGAAUUGCUGACAAAAGACAUACUUGGGAAUCCUUCAACUUCUCAAAAGGGUGGGAUCUACUAUUAUUCAGAGCGUGGUGACCGCCUGAUUGACCUUACUUCCUUUUGUGAUAAACUUUGGCAGAAUUUUAAUUCAGAUAAUCCCCAACUAAAUAAUAUUGGGAGUGAAGCUGAACUUGAAGAAGUAAAAGAAACCAUUCAACAAUUUCUACGAUGGGGAUGGAAGUACAACAAAAAUCUUGAGGAACAGGCUGCACAACUUCAUAUGUUAACUAGCUGGUCACAAACCAUUGAGGUUACAGUGUCCAGAAGAAUAUCAUCACUUGAAAACCGAUCGGAUAUUCUAUUUCAACUUCUUGAUGCCUCCUUGAGCGCAUCUGCUUCUCCUGAUUGUUCUUUAAAGAUGGCAUAUCUUUUGUGUCAGGUCGCACUGACAUGUAUGGCCAAGCUAAGGGAUGAAAGAUAUUCAUGUCCUGGUGGUUUAAAUGCUGAUAGUGUCUCAUGUCUCGAUAUUAUCAUGGUGAAGCAAAUAUCUAAUGGGGCUUGUCAUUCUAUUUUACUAAAGCUCAUUAUGGCCAUUCUUAGGAGUGAAUCAUCAGAAGCUCUAAGGAGGCGCCAAUAUGCUUUGCUUCUUAGCUACCUUCAGUAUUGUCAGAAUAUGCUGGAUCCAGAUGUUCCAACAUCGGUUCUGCAAGUUCUACUUUUAAAUGAACAAGAUGGAGAUGAUGUGGAUUUACAAAAGAUUGACAAGAACCAGGCUGAACUUGCUCAUGCUAAUUUUUCAAUUCUUCGUAAAGAGGCUCAAUCUAUCUUGGAUGUGGUUCUCAAGGAUGCCACGCAAGGCAGUGAACCAGGGAAGACUAUAUCACUCUACAUUUUGGAUGCAUUAAUCUGUAUAGAUCAUGACAGAUUUUUUUUGAAUCAACUUCAUAGCAGGGGAUUUUUGAAGUCUUGUUUGAUCAGCAUAAGCAAUGUUUCACUUCAGGAUGGUGCUCAUUCUUUUGAUUCUUUGCAACGAGCUUGCACUCUAGAGGCUGAACUUGGCUUACUGUCGAGAAUUAGCCAUAAGUAUGGAAAAUUUGGGGCCCAGCUUCUCUUUUCCACAGGCGCUUUGGAGUACCUUGCAUCAUGUAGGGUAGUCAAUAUACAGGGAGGAUUGAGGUGGGUUGAUACGAACCCUCAUAGAGAUGUAGCAGGGAAUAUUAACAAGCGACAAAGUAUCAUAACACCAAUUUUGAGACUGCUGUUUUCCUUGACGUCAUUAGUUGACACAUCGGAGUUUUUUGAGGUGAAAAAUAAAAUUGUGCGAGAAGUUGUAGAUUUUAUUAAAGGACACCAGCGACUGUUUGAUCAAAUACUUGGGGAGGAUGUUACUGAAGCUGAUGAUGUAACACUGGAGCAGAUUAAUCUGCUGGUUGGUUCGUUGGGCAAGGUUUGGCCGUAUGAGGAGACUGAUGAAUAUGGUUUUGUUCAAAGUCUCUUCCAAUUGAUGCAUUCACUUUUCUCUCGUGAAUUGAAUUCUUUUUCUUCUGGCCCAGGAGUUAAAUUACUUAAGAACAGGAGAAGUUCAGAACUCUACUCCAUUGAGCUGAACUUCAGUUUAAUCUCUUAUUUAUAUUUUCUAGUUACAAGGAAAUCUCUAAGAUUGCAGGUCUCUGGUUGUUCGUCUAGCCACAAGUCUCCUGUUAGGUCUCAGCCUCCCUCUUUGGAUUUGCUCGGGACUCUCCUUAAUUCUAUGACUACUACUCUCGAAAGAGCAGCUGAAGAAAGAUCAUUGUUAUUAAAUAAGAUUCAAGACAUAAAUGAACUGUCGAGACAGGAUGUAGAGGAAAUUAUUGUACAGUGUGUUGGCGAAGAUUUUGCCUCAUUAUCCGAUAACAUCCAGAGAAGGAGAUAUGUUGCGAUGAUUGAAAUGUGCAAAGUUGUUGGAAAUAAGAAUCAGAUGAUUACAUUAUUACUUCCUCUUACUGAAUAUAUCUUAAAUGUCAUUCUUAUCCACUUCCAAGACAGCACUUCUAUUCCCAGUGGGAAUGCAAAUAUUAAAGCAAUUUCCUAUCAUGCCGAAUCUGACUCUGCCCAGGAAAUAACUUCAUUGUCUGGAAAAUUGAUUCCUAUCUUAGAAAGGCUUGAGUUGCUAAGCGAGAAUAAAGUAGGACACAAUCUCAAGGUUUUUCGCAGAUUGGUGACUUCACUCAAGGAGCUGGCAAUUCAAAAGUUAGCUCUAUGAGGGGUUGUAUUAUAUGCUACCAUCCUGUACCAAGCACUGGUUAAUAUUCAUGUUAAUGAUCUGAUUUGUUUUACCAUAUGAAAUUAUUUCUCUUCCUUCCUGUUUAAGCUUACUCCUUUUGUUAAUAGUUAAGUUUAUAGGCAUAAUCAUUAAAUUGACUUCAGUGUAAAUGGUUCUUUUCCAUCAGAACAGUUAUGUUUCAUUUUCUUGGGUUGUAUACAUAUUUUGAUUUUAUUAUUUUCA